UUCCCCGCGAAAGACGUUGGCAAAAGUUUGCCGCCACCUCUGGGAGGGCGUCCCGCCCGACGGAGCAUUUCCGCGCAGAAUAAGCCACUUGGAUCGGCUGAACACUUCAAGAUUCACCGGCCGUCGAUCCGAUGCUGUUAGCAAUCGCUACCUGUCGAUCGCUAGACGGGUAGAUUCUGCGAGAAGUAGCAGAAGGCUCAAAACCAGAGAGAGAGAAAGGGAAGAAGAAGAAGAAGAAGAACAAUGGAGCCAUUCUCGGCUAUGGUCCCGUUUCCGUUGCUGGUUGAGCCUGUCGAGUUGACGUAUCGGCCCUGUACAAUUCCGUAUCGCUUCCCCUCGGAUGAUCCCCGCAAGGCUACGGCCACCGAGCUUGAGUGGAUCGAAGUCUUUCGCAGAUCCAUUCCCUCGUUCAGGAAGCGGGCGGAGGAAGACGAUUCGGUUGCUGACGCUUCAGAGAGGGCGAAGAAGUUCGAGCAAAGGUACACGGAGAUACUGGACGACUUAAUAGCAGAUCCUGAAAGCCAUGGCGGGCCUCCAGACGGCAUUCUUCUCUGCAGACUACGUGAACAGAUUCUUAGGGAACUGGGUUUUAGAGAUAUAUUCAGGAAAGUUAAGGAUGAGGAGAAUGCCAAGGCUAUUGCUCUAUUUGAGGGGGUAGUUCGUCUGAACGAUGCCAUUGAAGAUGAUAAAAGGCGUGUUGAGAGCUUGAUCAGGGGGAUUUUUGCUGGAAAUGUAUUCGACUUAGGUUCUGCACAGCUCGCAGAGAUGUAUGCAAAAGAUGGGAUAUCUUUCUUGGCAAGUUGCAAAAAUUUGUUGCCUCGGCCUUGGAUUGUUGAUGACCUAGACACCUUCAUAUCCAAGUGGAGUACAAAAUCAUGGAAGAAGGCAGUUAUAUUUGUUGAUAAUUCUGGUGCUGAUGUCAUUCUUGGAAUACUGCCAUUUGCUAGAGAGCUGCUUCGGCGAGGGACACAGGUGGUUCUGGCUGCUAAUGACUUACCGUCCAUCAAUGACAUUACUUAUCAUGAGUUGGCAGAGAUAAUUCCAAAGUUGAAGGACGAAAAUGGGCGGAUUAUGGGGGUUGAUGCAUCUGGCCUUCUGGUUGCCAAUUCUGGUAAUGACUUGCCGGUUAUUGACCUUUCGGUUGUUUCCCCUGAGUUAGAAUACCUGGCAAAUGAUGCAGAUUUUGUCAUCAUAGAGGGGAUGGGUCGUGGGAUAGAAACAAAUCUUCAUGCCCAAUUUAAGUGCGACUCUCUAAAAAUUGGCAUGGUGAAGCAUCCAGAAGUUGCCAAGUUCUUGGGAGGGAGACUGUAUGAUUGUGUUUUCAAGUAUACGGAAGUCAGUAUCUAAUUGAAGAUUUUCUAUUUCACUGAUGUUCAGAACAAUUUAGCUAAUAUGUAAAAGGAAAGUGCCAUAUACUGGUUGACAUGUAUGCCGUUGUGCCCUUAUUGCUCACCAGUUAGAUUUCAACUCCAUGAGUUCAUGUUCUUUAGAAGCAUGAGAUUUGUAAGGACGAAAUUUCAUGUGCAUGGAAUAAAGCUCCAUGACGAUGACAGCAGAA